UGGAUAAGACACCGCGUCCCCUCCAAUUCCCGUAAGCACCCCUUGCUCCAUCCUGCGCCCCAAUACCUCAGCUAGCCCCCUUCCCCACUUCUUACACUCCAAACUCAGCCGGGACAGACCUCUGCUGCCGCCGCCCCCACGAACGUGUGACGACGGCUGGAGGCCAACAGAGUCCCUACAGGUGGUGCUCACGGUAAUGCACCGACAAUGAGUGGCUGUUUUCCAGUUUCUGGCCUCCGCUGCCUAUCUAGGGUGUGUUGUGGCCUGGUGCGGGAGGCUCUUACCUCCCCAAGCCCCACUGCUUCUCCUGCUGCCCGCUUGCUUCGGACUCUGGCAGAAACCCCACCUGCUGACACGUUCCUCCUGGGGAAUUGGUCUUGGAUGUGCCAGCGCCUCUGGCCGUGGCCCGCUAACCAGCCUCUCCCGGGCGGGCUCCUGCCGCGCCCCCUCUCGCUUGCCCCCUCCUCCUCCUCCUGCUGCUCUCCCCCCUGCUCCCAGGACGGCAGGAUGGCCGCGCAGGGCGCGCCGCGCUUCCUCCUGACCUUCGACUUCGACGAGACUAUCGUGGACGAAAACAGCGACGAUUCGAUCGUGCGCGCCGCGCCGGGCCAGCGGCUCCCGGAGAGCCUGCGAGCCACCUACCGCGAGGGCUUCUACAACGAGUACAUGCAGCGCGUCUUCAAGUACCUGGGCGAACAGGGCGUGCGGCCGCGGGACCUGAGCGCCAUCUACGAAGCCAUCCCUUUGUCGCCAGGCAUGAGCGAUCUGCUGCAGUUUGUGGCAAAACAGGGCGCCUGCUUCGAGGUGAUUCUCAUCUCCGAUGCCAACACCUUUGGCGUGGAGAGCGCGCUGCGCGCCGCCGGCCACCACAGCCUGUUCCGCCGCAUCCUCAGCAACCCGUCGGGGCCGGAUGCGCGGGGACUGCUGGCUCUGCGGCCGUUCCACACACACAGCUGCGCGCGCUGCCCCGCCAACAUGUGCAAGCACAAGGUGCUCAGCGACUACCUGCGCGAGCGGGCCCACGACGGCGUGCACUUCGAGCGCCUCUUCUACGUGGGCGACGGCGCCAACGACUUCUGCCCCAUGGGGCUGCUGGCGGGCGGCGACGUGGCCUUCCCGCGCCGCGGCUACCCCAUGCACCGCCUCAUUCAGGAGGCCCAGAAGGCCGAGCCCAGCUCGUUCCGCGCCAGCGUGGUGCCCUGGGAAACGGCUGCAGAUGUGCGCCUCCACCUGCAACAGGUGCUGAAGUCGUGCUGAGUCUGGCCGCCUGCAGGGGGGUACCCGGGCCAACGGCGGAGGGGGCGAGGAAGGGAGAUUCGGCAAAGACAGCUUUACUACUCCCUU